GCGCUGAUGGCUCUCUGCGAUCUGGUCCACGACCCAGAAAAAGUCUACCAGGCAAUAGCAUUAGGAUUCUUGGCUAGCCUGAAGACUUUGCUGGUGCAUCAAGACCAAACUGUCAGGCAAAAAACAACAGAAGUUCUCUCUAUAAUGGCUUUGCAUAGUAUUGGCAGGGAAGGGCUAAUACGAAGUGGAGUCAUUUCUGCCCUCGCCGGGCUCCUGGAUGAUCCAGUAGAUAUCUGUCGGAAGAACACCCAUCAGAUUUUUGACAUGCUGGCAAAAUUACCUGAAGGUAGGAGGUUUUAAGCAGUUAAGUACUCACAUAGACAACGCAGAGCAGAAAUCAGGUAAAUUCACCUAUGUUCCAAAUUUAAUUUAUUCCAUUUCCCUUGAAAC